UGACCUUUCCCUGUCUGCACAUCUCUUCUAGAAGCCCGUGUGUGACGGUGCAUGAGAGAGAGAGUCAUCCCAGGCCUUUACCAUGAAGACCUGUGUGCUGUUAUCACUGCUGCUGGCCUUGGGGUGUGUGACCAUCAAUGGUGCACCGGUGGAACAUGAUGGCAUUAAGCCAGGCUCAUGUGAAGACGCAUCAACGAAGGCAGCUGCUGAACUGGCUCUUACCAAGAUCAACCUGGACCGGAAGGAGGGCUACAUCUUCAGCCUGCACCGCCUGUCCAACGCCCACAUAAAGACGCAUGGAGAGAACAGUGUGCUCUUCUACCUGACUCUGGAUGUUGUGGAGACCAACUGCAGUGUUCUCAGCAGGAAGGACUGGAAGAGCUGUGAGAUUCGUCGCACCAACGUGCCGGUAUACGGUCAGUGCAAAGCUGCCAUCUUCAUCAGUAAGGUGCACAGAGUGGUGCGUCUCUACAAAUACAAAUGUGUUAUCAGACCAGGCAGGGUGCAUGCCAUGUGUGCCGGCUGUCCAGGAUUAACUGCCCACAGUGACGCUAAAGUUCAAAAGGCCGUGUCCCACUCUCUGGAGGCAUUCAAUAAGCAGAGCGGGCUGACCAAUCUUUUCGCUCUGCUCCAUAUCUCCCGUGCUACUACACAGGUUGUUGCGGGUAGGAUGUACCACGUGGAAUACACCAUCCACGAGACCACCUGCCCCAGCAACACAGAAGCAGCGACAGCUGAGAAUUGCCCCCCCAUGGACUGCGAGUUUGCUCACAAGGGCUUCUGUAAGGCAACCCUCUUCCACGCCCUCACUGAUGUGGAGGAGAUCAACGUAAAUUGUGAGAUCUAUGAGUCUGAGGCGGCGGAGAGAGAGAAGAAGCUCCACCUGCUGGGCGGAGAGAUUGACCACAGCCACAAUGACACGCACUCAAACGACCAAGACCAAACACAUGCUGCAGACCAAACGCACGACCACGCGCAUGACCACACCAAGUGUCACUCUCAUCAUGGACACAACCAAAACCACACUGACCAACACGAUCAUCACCACACACACGACCAUGUCACGGGCAGCGCCUACAGGCACGCUCACGACCACUCCCACGACCAUGGUGUGAACCAUGAUCACGUGCACGCUCAUCACGCCAAGGCUCACAACCACACUGCAAACUCUCCCAACCACCACGACUACAAGCAUGCUGAUGGUGUCCACACCCACGAGCACGACCACGAGCUGGCUCUGGACCACGACCACAAGCACCGUCACCUGCAUGAGCAUGAGCACCACCACCAUCACCACGUGCAUGAACACGAGACCGAACCCCACGAUCACCCACAGGGGAUGGUGAGAAUGCUGCCCGCUCUGGGCCAGCCCGUGACUCUGCCUUCCUUCCCUGAUGUCCCCGCCGGCGGCCCUGAGGUUGGAGUCGUUCUCCCACUUAAGCCCGACCCCCAGAUUCCCGGACAAACGGAACCCACCAUCGAGGCCUUCCCAACAUCAAUCUCAGCCCAGUGCCCCACCAUAAAGGGAAAGUAUGAAAAUGUGGAGGUACUCUUCGCUAAAGACCCCACGUUCAAGACAGCUGCAUAAACUGAUAAGGUGACCAUGGAACAAUUUGUUUAUCUGAAUUAAACACAUUGGCAGUAAAA